AUGGACCCUCUCCACCGUCAGGCCUUGCAGGACUGCUAUGACGACAUUGCCCGUGACAUGGACCCUGGGUUGGCCCUGCGGUACAGCACUGUCCGCUGGCGGGACGGGGACCCAGGGUUCAUUCGGGCCAAGACGAGGGCCGAGGGACUACACUCCGGGGCAAGGGCGCUGCUGGACAGGCUCAUGGAUUUACCUUACGAUGGUUUCGACGACUUUGUCCAAAGCCUGAAGGAAGUCCCGUAUGACCAUCUGGUACAGCAACUACUGAAGACUCGGGAACGUCUGAAGAACGCAGUAGUGAGGGGAGAGAUAAGGAGAAGGGAUCUCGGAAGGCGUCCGGAAGUUAACAUGGAGGAUUAUUUCGACAAAGUCAUCAAGAACGUGAGCUAUAAGUGGUAUGACUUGGCCAGGAAAGUGGGUUUCAAACGAGGUGAGAUCGAGGCUAUCCGAGCUACAGAGUCACUGCAAGGUCCUGAUAAAAAGUGCAGGGAAGUGCUUGAAAGGUGGCUAGAAAGAAAUGGAACAAAUGCUACUCUACAGGUUCUGCAACAGGCUCUUAUCGACAUUGAAGAAAGGCACACAGCUGAGGAGCUACAUGUAUGGACGGAGAAAGCACAGCACUCGUUGCAAACUACUGGCCAAGAGAUGAAGACGACUGGGAAGGAGACAAUGGAGAAGGUUGAUGGACUUGGAGUAGAGCAAUACCCGGCUGCAAAAGGCACAGGACAAAGUGUCAAAGAUGUCACUAGAUGGAUAACGAACAGAGCACGAGCCUUGGCCAUUCUCGUGACCUGUUUCGUGAUUUGUACAUGGAUGUGCAUGCUUUAUUGCGGUUCCAGAACACAUGAACCAGUCUUCUUAGCUGCCUUUCCUCGUCGUCUCAAGUCAUUUGUAGGACGAGAAGACGUCUUCAGCAGGAUAGACGCCUGUCUUCAGGAGAACCAGACCUGCCUCAUCAAGGGUCUGGGCGGUGUCGGGAAGACGUCAGUAGCCAUCGAAUACGGGCACAGGCGUGCGGAGAGGUACCCUGGUGGGGUGUUCUGGGUCAGGUUAGCGAGUAAGGGCGACCUGUGUGCCAGUAUCAGUCAGUACAGCUCCUACAUUAGUGACUCUUUGCAACUUAAAGAUGAUCUGAGUUGUAAGAAUAUGAAGAUGCACUUUAGACGGUAUCUGACAAGUUCACAUGAUUGGAUAUUGGUUGUUGACGAGGCAGUUAGAAACACCACAGGAGAGCUGGAGUCCCUACUGCCUCACACGUUAAAGGCAAACAUGAAUGUUCUAUUGACUUCUAACGAAUAUCAAAGACUGGGUAACGAGCGCAUUCCAGUGGUAAAUCUUCCUCCUUUUAGUGAAACUGAGGCCCAGGCAAUGUUUAACAAAAUGGUCAGACCCAGCAUUGAAAAGGAAAGGACAGAGAUCAAACUUCUGAGCCGAUCCCUGGGACACCACCCUCUGGCUUUGCAGUUCGCGUUUGCAUACAUAGAAGAGACUGGCUGCUCUGUGAAAGAAUAUCAUGAUAAAUACACUGGAGGCAACGCCACAGAGAAGGUAGACUUGCUAGAUGAAUCGGGUGUUGAACAGGUCUCUAGCAAAAAGAUAAGACGAGUAUUUGAUAUUACUUUUCAAUACUUGUCACAACUGUCCAGCAACGCCGCUAAACUUUUAGAUGUGACAUCUUUCAUGGGCCCAGACUGUAUCCCAUGCCCAAAAUAUGAUAGCAAAGGCUUUAGAAGACUAUUUAAUACUUCUGGCAAGUUAGACAAGUUAGAUACGAAGAAAAUGGUUUCAGUCUUGGAGAAAUUUUCGCUGGCGUCGCCCUGCCAUGCCUUCCAACCUUGUGCCUUCAGUGUGAACAGGAUAGUACAGGAGGUUGUUGUGGCACACAUGAACGAAUCUACGAGAGUCACACAUCUAGAAAACGCAAUGAAAUAUUCAACGCUGUUACUAAAGCACAGUAAUGAUACAAAAAGGAUCCAGGCAGAGUUCCUGAUGGCUCAUGUACAUUAUCUGGCCCUGAAUAUAGACAGGUACCAACUGAAUGUCUCAGUCACAGGUUCAUCCUCUUUCUUGAAUAAGUCCGCUGAGUUUUUCAGCCGAUGGGGAGCUUGUGAAGAGGCUUAUUUUUUUCUUCAUGCUGAAAUUUUGCUGUUAUUCAAACAUAAUGUCACCGAGGAUCUGUGCUUUCACCUUCAUGAUCAUGUAAAAUUUCUGAAUACCACCCUGUUGCCAUGUUUGUUCAACGGUGAUGUUCCCGUUGAAUUGCUCGUGGAUAUAGCUGAUAACCUAUAUUGGGAGGCAAAGGAGCUAACAAUCAUGCAACCCUCGUCUAGUGAAGCUGCUUCUUACAGCUACACCAAGACGUAA